UUAUAUACACCAACCACACAUACCUUUGACACCCUUAGAGAGUGUCAUCUCUUUUCAAACCUUGUGUUUCGCAGUUUUGACGAGGGCAAUACGAAAAUCUCGCGAUCUCCGCCGGCAGCCACCUUCCCGUCUUCCUCCCGCUACCGCAGCCACCUACCUUCCCACGCCACUUCUAAAAUCCCCGCACCGAACCCCGCGAGGCCCAACCAAACCCGCCCACCGGUUCCGAGGCGUGGUCGCGAGCAGCGAGGCCACAACCAUGGAUUUCCUGCAGGGGCAGAGCCUCGAGACCACGGUGACCGUCGCCGUCGCCGUCGCCGCCGUCGCCGCGGGCGGCGCCUUCCUCCUCCUCCGAUCCAAGAAGCCCAAGGGCUGCUUGCAUCCUGAGAACUUCAAGGAGUUCAAACUUGUUGAAAAGAAGCAAAUAAGUCAUAAUGUGGCCAAGUUCAAAUUUGCUCUACCAACUCCAACCUCUGUAUUAGGCCUUCCAAUCGGCCAACAUAUCAGUUGCAGAGGACAGGAUGCUACUGGCGAAGAAGUAAUCAAGCCUUACACCCCUACUACAUUGGAUUCUGAUAUUGGAUAUUUUGAGCUUGUUAUAAAGAUGUAUCCUCAAGGAAGAAUGUCCCAUCAUUUCCGUGAGAUGAAAGUUGGUGAUUAUUUGUCUGUGAAGGGACCUAAGGGUCGUUUCAAGUACCAAGUUGGCCAAGUGAGGGCAUUUGGAAUGCUGGCUGGUGGAUCGGGCAUCACUCCAAUGUUCCAAGUUGCAAGAGCAAUUCUUGAGAACCCUAACGACAGCACAAAGGUUCAUUUAAUCUACGCAAAUGUCGCAUACGAGGACAUUCUUCUGAAGGAAGAGCUGGAUAACUUGGCCAACACCUAUCCUGACCGCUUUAAGAUCUACUAUGUCUUGAAUCAGCCUCCGGAAAUCUGGAAAGGUGGUGUUGGGUUUGUGUCCAAGGAAAUGAUUAGAACUCAUUGUCCAGCGCCUGCUGAGGACAUUCAGGUCCUGAGGUGUGGUCCUCCUCCGAUGAACAAGGCCAUGGCUGCACACCUUGAGGAGCUCAAGUACACAAAGGAGAUGCAGUUCCAAUUCUAAGUUAUCCUGAUGGCUGAGUACGCGAAUAAUAACCGGUGGGCGGCAUCGUUCUUUGGUGUGGGAAACGGUGGCUGACCCAGUUUGUUAGUUGACAUCAGGAAUUCAGGAUUACAUGACCGAUUAGCGUGCGCCAGCAAUUUGUGCAAUCUCCAUUUUUGAGGGCAAAUGUUAUCUCCCUUGACGGAAGCCCACGUUUCCUGUGAAUUGUUACUAUUAUUGAUUUGAAAUGUGGAACAUUGGAUGCUAUAAGAAAUAUCACAUAAUCACCAAUUAGCAAUGCAAUGAACCUUACACUUUUGGACUUCCGGCA